UUCUGGAUCUCAACCACCAAAUAUUAUCCUUUGUUUCUCGCAGCGUUCUAUUCUAUAUACUACAGAUAUUAUGAAACCAGCAUCUACCCCGCUCUCAACAUAUUCCACCCAAUGCUUACGAGUCCUGUCACCACAAGCACUCCCAUACUUUCUUUCUUGAUUGCGUCGCCGACAGAUGAUCCGCGCCGCCUUGAUGGCUGCUCCAUAGAUUUACCCCACCAUUCCAUCGCCGCAAUCACUCUCCCCAACCUCGAUUCAAUGUCUUCAUAAACCCACUUCUCGAAUAAAGCCAAGUAAGGUCGACGGCAACCAUGGCGACCGAUCAGAAGCAGAAGUACGUUUAUGUCCCACCGAUCGAAUAUGCGCGGUCUCAAGAACCAACGGCCGGCAGCUCUCGCCCCAGAGUCCCACCCCCACUUCCCCCGCGUAAACCAUCAACACAGGUCGCCGUGCCGCCUCCAUAUUCUUUAUACGACUUCGAAAGGGCCGAGUUAGCUUCAGAGACAUGGGUUCACGACCCAAGGACCUCCCCGAUGGAAUCGAUAAGCCCGUCCGAGUUACGAGAGGGACAGCGUACGCUCCUGCUCAUUUACAUCCAUGGCUUCAUGGGCAACGAGACGAGCUUCCAGAGUCUGCCUGCUCAUGUUCACAAUAUCCUCACGGUGGCCUUGGCUGAGAGCCAUGUGGUGCAUACCAAGAUAUAUCCUCGAUACAAGUCGAGAAACUCAAUUGAGGCUGCAAGAGACAACUUCAGCGAUUGGCUCGGACCGCAUGAAAAUGCUAACACAGAUAUCGUGUUACUUGGCCACAGCAUGGGAGGCUUGCUUGCUGCAGAGGUUGCUCUCAUGCCUUCUCCUGACCCAAGCCACGGUGGACAGUUCAAGCACCGAGUCCUCGGCACUAUUAGUUUCGAUACACCAUUCUUAGGCAUGCACCCUGGGCUGGUAGUAAGCGGUAUAGGGAGCUUGUUCAGACCGGCUCCUGCGCCGCCUGGGUCUGCACAGAACACACGGGAGUCGUCGACUGUUACUGACACGUCGGAGUCAGGCAGCAUUUCAUCAAUGCCAACGACUGCUGCUUCUAUAACGACAGUGAGCUCAGCAGAUACACCUCUAACCCUAAGCACCAGCAACAACUCAUCGAUCCACACUGCCACUACCAAUGAUCCGUAUUAUAACCCACCCUUCGUCAACGACAUUAACAUCAAGGAACGCAGCGGGUGGAACGGCUUAUUACAUUUCGCCAAUAAGCAUGUUGAUGGCCUUACAUCCGCAACCAAGCAAUACUUCCUGUCCCAUAUUGAAUUUGGUGGCUGCCUCGCCGACUUCUCGGGACUGAAGAACCGGUAUGCUCGUCUGCGGCACCUAGAAGAUGUCGACGACACGACAGAGGCGGCGUUGGCAUCCGAUGCUAGGCGUAUCCGAUUCGUCAACUACUACACCGCGAGCACUGGGCUACCGAAACGGGUAAAGGUGCAGCAAGUAAAGGCGAAGGACGAGGAUGGGAACGUUGUUUCAGUGGAAACUGCGACGGAGAAUUUGAGCCUCGAGGAAUCCGCGAAGGCUACCAGGGAUAUCCCGGCUGAGUUGGCAUCUUCUGGCGUGCUUGAUGGACCCGGGGCUGCAAUAAUUUUGGUCGCAGAGACGGGUAAGGCAGCAAAUACAGAGGCGAAAGUACCAACAUCAGAAACUCAUAUCUCUGAAGAUGCGCCAGAGCAAGACGAUGAUGAUUAUGAAGCACAGCCGAUGCAGCACAUAGACUCUAUGCCCAUCCAAAGCGACGACGAAGAUUCCCAAGAUGACGACUUCCAUGAUGCCCCUGAAGACACCCACCAAGCCACAGCCGACGUAACGACAGCGACCCCACCAACACCAGACGUACCGACAAGGACCUCGCCGAUACCAGACGUACCAACAGCAACCUCGCCAAUACCAGACAUAACAACCUCAACCGGCGACCCCGCUCUCCCCCCCAUCCCCCCCAUCCCAGAAGAACCCUCUCCCCUCGAGCUCUCCCUCUACAGCGACACAGACUCCCGCAAGCUCGCCGAAAAAGAACAUAAGCGCAUCCUGAAGAUCUACCAGACAGCUGUCAAGCAUCGCGAGAGCGCGCUCAAGGACCGUCGGAAACUCACUGAGAAGCGCGAGAAGAAGGCGGCGCAGGGGCGCGAGAAGCUGCGCAAGACGGAGCAGAAGAGGGAACAGCAGGAGAAUGAGAAGAGGCUUAAGGAAGAGGAGAAACAGCGUAUUGCUGAUGCUAAGGCGGCGGAGCUCCGGGCUGUGACGGUUAAUCCCAGCGGCCCUGCCCCUGGCGCGGAUGCCCGAGCGGGAUCUACCUUCGAGGGCACAGAAGCAGCGCCGCUGAAGAAGAAGAAGGAUAAGCGCUUUUGUCUGUUGCCCGGCGAUCUGGAGCGCAGCAGCGGCGGGCUGGAUAAAUGCUGGGUGCGCGUUUACAUGGAGGGUGUGGACGAGGUAGGCGCGCACUGUGGGUUAUUCUUCCCAGGACCACAGUAUGCGGCGCUGCUGGGCGAUACGACAGAGCGGAUUCAGGGGUGGGUGAAUGAUGAUGCGACGAGGCGGGCGAUUUUAGACAUACAUAGCCUGGAUUAGGUGAUCUGGGUGGAUGGUGGUGGAUAUUACUGUAUGUACAGUAGUAGUCACAUGCGGCGUUUUAUGGAUAGAUAGAUUCAUGAAGUUACGAUACCCCAUCUCGCUCUCUCUCUCCCCCUUAUAGCUAUAUUCUAGCGCACACACGUCUAUUUCGGA